CGAUCUUCAGCAAACCACUAAUGCGCCUUAUCCAUACAUAUAGAGUCACCUAUCGUCGAUUCCUCCAGUUGUCCGCAAGAGGUGAAAGUCAACAUUGCCGAAGAGUACCUAGCACCGUACACGGAGCAUGCGCAGUGACGAAAAAAGCACUCAUAUAAAUAAAACGAAUAGCAGCGACCGCUUCUUAGCUAGUGCUUGAAUUUUCAGCAUGGCUGACAAAAGAUUAUGGCUGUGUUGUUUUCUAAUAUUGGCGACGGUGUAUGCCCAAGAAGACGAUGAUGGUGACAAUGAACCACAAAUCGAUGAACUCUGUGAAAAUAGACCGGGUGAUGAAUAUUUUAGACUUAGUACAGAAGGAGACUGCAGAGAAGUAGUUAGGUGUGAUUUCAAUUCAGAUAUUAAGGGUGGUACGCGAUUGGCAGCCGUAAAAUGUCCGACUGGACUUGCGUUCGAUCUUGACAGACAGACUUGCGACUGGAAAGUCAAUGUCAAAAAUUGUGAUAUUGUAGAAAAACCGAGAAAGAUAAAACCAAUUUUCAAAACAGACGAACCGAGAUGUCCCGAAGGAAAGCUCAUGUGCGGUAACGAAGAAUGUAUAGAUAAAGAGCUUUUCUGUAAUGGAAAACCCGAAUGCAAAGAUGAAUCUGAUGAAAAUGCUUGCGACGUCGAAACUGACCCCAACAGGGCACCAGAUUGCGACCCAACUCAGUGCGUCCUACCGGAUUGUUUCUGUUCAGCCGACGGUACCAGAAUUCCCGGCAGUUUGGAACCAGCCAAUGUACCUCAAAUGAUCACCAUCUCCUUUAACGGUGCCGUCAAUGUAGACAACAUCGAUCUGUACGAAGAAGUCUUCUCAGGCAACAGACUCAACCCCAACGGAUGCCAAAUCCGUGGUUCGUUCUUCGUAUCGCACAAGUACACCAACUAUUCCGCUGUGCAAGACUUGCACAGAAGAGGUCACGAAAUCGCUGUCUUUUCCUUGACGCACAAAGAGGAUCCCAACUACUGGUCUCAAGGAAGUUACGAUGAUUGGUUGGCAGAGAUGGCCGGAGGCAGACUGAUUAUAGAAAGAUUCGCUAACAUCACUGAUGGUUCGAUUAUUGGAGUACGAGCACCGUACCUGAGAGUUGGUGGUAACAGACAAUUCGAAAUGAUGACAGACCAAUUCUUCGUUUACGAUUCUUCCAUAACAGCUUCGUUGGGUAGAGUACCGAUCUGGCCAUACACUUUAUACUUCAGAAUGCCACACAAGUGUAACGGAAACGCGCAUAACUGUCCCAGUAGAAGCCAUCCCGUUUGGGAGAUGGUCAUGAACGAAUUGGACAGACGUGAUGAUCCUACUUUUGAUGAAUCUUUGCCCGGUUGUCAUAUGGUCGACUCCUGUUCUAACAUCCAGACUGGAGAUCAGUUCGCCAGGCUAUUGAGACACAAUUUCAACAGGCAUUUCAACACCAACAGGGCUCCUUUAGGGCUUAACUUCCACGCUUCCUGGUUGAAGAGUAAGAAGGAAUUUAAAGAAGAAUUGAUCAAGUUUAUUGAAGAGAUGUUGGCUAGGAAUGAUGUUUACUUUGUCACCAACUUGCAAGUUAUCCAAUGGAUUCAAAACCCCACAGAAAUUAAUGGAUUGAGAGAUUUCCAGGAAUGGAAGGAGAAAUGUGACAUUAAGGGACAGCCAUACUGCUCUUUGCCCAACUCCUGUCCUCUGCAUACCAGGGAGUUACCUGGAGAGACUUUAAGACUCUUCACUUGCAUGGAAUGUCCCAAUAACUAUCCCUGGAUAUUGGAUCCUACGGGAGAUGGUUUCUCUGUUAAAUAAUUAAUUUAUUUAUAUAUUAGUGUUUUUUUGUUUGGAAAGUAAGAAAGUAACUUCUUGAUUAGAAAAAUAUACCAGUUCAAUGAACUGGGACUUCAAAGACUUUGUAUAUAGCUGUAAUCGAUUUCUUUUCUUCAUUUUACCUUGCCAAUACCUUUUUCUCUCCUAUUUAAAUACCAACGGACCAUAAAUUGAAUCAUGUUGUGACAUGUAAUAAUUGUUGAAUAAAAAAUGUUGAAAACCUUGA